UUGUUCUUUCUUUAUUUUUAGGGGUAUAUUUUUCUCUCUUGUUUAGUCAUCUCCUUGAAGUGAUGUCUCUCCACUAGGGUUUACUUUAUUUAACUGCCUCAAUCCCCACCACUCUCUUGCCCUAAAACAUCUCUCUUUGCCCCUUGCAUAUGAUCUACCUAUGUUUCUUAAUUAGUCUUCUCCUUUUCACUACUUUUUUCAAUUUUGGUGUUCUUGUUCACUCUUCUUUAGCUAUAGUAGCCUUUAUAAAUAAACUUUUUUGUCUUUGUGUUGUGUCCCUCUAUCUCAUCUUCAAUCAUGGGUGAUCCUUACACUAAUUACUUUCAUGGAUGGUUCAAUAAUUUCAACCCUAUUUACCAUUCUUCCUCAUCUUCUACUCCUCCUCCUCCUCAUCCUUUCUCUUCUUAUUAUAAUAAUAACUAUAUCUUAUCCUCAUCAACAAAUUUUCAAUAUUUACAACCACCACCUUCUCCUCCUUUGAAAGAACCUCUUCCUCUACUUAGUUUGAGUCCAAUUCAUCAACAUCAAGAUAAUUAUUCAUCUACUAUGGAAGUUGAUCAUAAUAAUACUAAUUAUUAUAGUAAGGUAAACAAAGAUCAUGAGAGCUUUGGUGAUGAAGAAAAUCAAGAUGAUGAAAGUGUUAGUGUAGCACUACAAUUAGGGCUUCCUAAUCUAAGUCCUCAUGAUGUUAUCUCAAGGAUUAAUUCUUCAACCAACAAAGAAGAAGUACAAGAAGAACAUGAACAAGAAGUAGUUACUUUGGCUAAUAUUGGAUAUUCUUCAACACUUCACAAGGGUCAAUAUUGGAUUCCAACACCAGCUCAAAUUUUAAUUGGUCCUACACAAUUUUCAUGUCCACUUUGCUUCAAAACUUUCAAUAGAUACAAUAACAUGCAGAUGCACAUGUGGGGGCAUGGAUCUCAAUACAGAAAAGGACCAGAAUCUCUAAGGGGAACACAACCAACAGCAAUGCUUAGGUUACCUUGCUUCUGUUGUUCACCUGGCUGUAGGAACAACAUUGAUCAUCCAAGAGCUAAGCCAUUGAAAGAUUUCAGAACCCUUCAGACUCAUUACAAAAGAAAACAUGGAAUUAAACCAUUCAUGUGUAGGAAAUGUGGCAAAGCAUUUGCUGUGAGAGGUGAUUGGAGAACUCAUGAGAAGAAUUGUGGUAAGCUUUGGUAUUGCACUUGUGGAUCAGAUUUUAAGCAUAAAAGGUCACUUAAAGAUCAUAUUAAAGCAUUUGGAAAUGGACAUGAAGCUUAUGGUAUUGAUUGCUUAGAAGAAGAGGAUGAACCUGCUUCAGAAAUUGAACAAGACAAUGAUCAUGAUCCUUCAAAUUGACAAUAUACAUGAUAUAUAUCGCGUGCCUAUGGGGGAUUUUUUUUAUUUUGUCGACUCACACAACUGAUAUUAAUUGUAUGACACUUAUUUUUAUCUCGCAUAAAAAAAAGAGUGUAACCACUCUUUUGUGAGAUAAAAACAAGCUUCAGAAAACUAGUGUCAAUCGUGUGAGACACAUAAUAAAAAAUUUCGGGGUAUGGGGGAAAGUUCAUUUUGAGAGCUACAUAAUUUUCUUUCUCUCUUUAUUUAUGUUGCAUUAGUAAAAACCUAGCUUGUUGCCCUU